CUGCUUUUUUGUUGCAUCCCUCAGUCAGAUUUCAAAGCUUCAUGCGUAGGUUUUCAGGCCAAAAGCGAAGGAAGUCUCAUAGAGGAGGUGGAAAACAAUCCUCCUGUCAGCUUCGAUGAUGUGCCCAUCAAGCCAGCCAAAGGAGGUCGAUAUUUCGAAGACGACCUUAUAGCUAGUAAAAUGGCUAAAGUUCUCUUCAGAGCUCUCCAAUGGAACAGCCGGCUAUGGAUCGUUGGCCAAAAAGAGCACGAGCCAUCACAGUCUGCCUGUAACAACGACGCAUUCCGCACUCAAGCACGUGAAAUCCACUCCUGUGCGCAAAUUCCAGCCGAACGUGAAAGUGCUGCCAUCGGCUCAAUCGAAAUCGCAAGCGCCGAACAAGGUCCAUGCAACACCCGCCCGUUCGGCCCAAAAUUUGGGACCGAAGACUGUCGCCAAUGCCUUGAAGAAAAUUGA